GCCAAGCACAGAAAUACACUUACAAAUACACACACAAAAUUAUAGACAAGUACACAAAUACAGACAUAUGCUCACGUCCCGAGCGUGAAAUCACUUUGGAAAUCACCUGGAGAGACAGAGGGAAUAAACAAAAGGGUCCAGACUGCGAGAGUUAACGCAGAAUCCCGAGGGCCUGAAGUGAGGAGGCAGGUUGGUCGGCUGGUUUGUUAGACUCAGAUCCUGUGGCCGUACUUUGCUCCAGUCAUCGGCAGCAGGUGAAGGACUCGUUCACAGGGAUUCACCAGGUUUGGAGUUUCUUCUGUGUGAUCUGUGUGAAUUUUGACAACAGGUGGGGAAGCACUGACGUUGUCCACCAAACACCAUGGAUCAGGAGGAUGACAAAAACUCAGUGGAUAUCCAUGACAACCCUCCAGCUCCUGACAAUGUAGUGAGGGAGGACGGAGACACCGUCUAUUUCAUAUAUGAGGAGGAGGUGGAAGUGGAGGAGAAGGAACCAGAACCUCCUCCCGAGCCAGUUAUCCGGAUCAACGACAAACCCCACAAGUUCAAGGACCACUACUGCAAGAAACCCAAGUUCUGUGACGUCUGUGCUCGCAUGAUAGUUUUGAACAACAAGUUUGCUCUGAGGUGUAAAAACUGCAAGACCAACAUUCACCAUUCAUGUCAGUCAUAUGUCGAGUUCCAGAGAUGCUUUGGCAAAAUUCCGCCUGGCUUCAGAAGGGCCUACAGCUCCCCCCUGUACAGCAGCGACCAACCAGAUUCAAACAACCCAAACCGGAAUGACCCCGUCUUUGACACCCUGCGUGUCGGUGUCAUCAUGGCAAAUAAGGAGCGCAAAAAGAAUGAAAAUGACAAGAAAAAUAUGAUGAUGAUGAUGGAGGAAGAGGAAGAGGAGAACCAACAGCCCAAAGAGAAUGAGGAGGGAGGAGAAGGGAAGCCUGAUGAUAAGAAGGAGAAGGGAGGAGACAAAGCAGAUGACAAGAGUAAAGGUACAUUCUCCCAGUCCCACUAUUACCUGGCUCUCUACCGCUUCAAGGCCAUCGAGAAAGACGACCUCGAUUUCCACCCUGGUGAUCGGAUCACAGUCCUGGAUGACUCCAAUGAAGAGUGGUGGAGGGGGAAAAUGGGAGAUAAGACGGGCUACUUCCCCACCAACUACCUCAUAAAAGUGCGUGCAUCAGAAAGGGUCUACAAGGUGACGCGCGCCUUUGUAGGGAACAGAGAGAUGGGACAAAUCACACUGAAGAAAGAUCAGAUUGUAGUGAAGAAAGGAGAUGAGAAAGGCGGCUACUUGAAGGUCAGCACUGGACGCAAGCUGGGCUACUUCCCUGCUGAUCUGCUGCAGGAGAUCACUGUGACAUAAAAACCAUCAUAUGCAAUGAAAGAGCCUGCAACACACUUUAAAAACAUCAGCACAAAAUGGUCCCGUCACUAUUUGGGAGAUCCUCCUGAUCUUUCAGUAAUUUUCUAUAUUUGUUACCAAAAAAUUUUUUUUUGAUUUUGCUGUUAUUGUGUUCGUCACUGUAGAAAAGAAUUAGCUGUGAUCUAUCUGUGCCUUUGACACAAAGAGAAGCAUGAGAGCGGAGAGAUGAAUGAUUUAAUAGUUAGAAAAACUGUUUUAUUAACACUUAAUAAGUUGGAAAGAGACAAUCAGGUGACGUAUGGGCUUUGUUGUGAAUAGCGUAAAAACACAAACAGAUGCUUUAAGGUACUACCUGCUGAAAACCUGGAGAACCUUGCAGAAGGUCACAAAGCAAAUGAUAAACCAAUAUGAAGGUAGACAAUUAAUGUAAUUCUAAAUCAAUCUGAAUCAAAAGUACGUGGACACUGAGAGCUCCUGUUAGAUCUUCUCACAACAAAACCUCAGUGGCAGAUAAAUACUUUAUAUUAUUGCCAAACCAAAUACCUAAUGACUUGUUUGUUACCAUUUGCAAGGCCGCCCAGGUCCUUUAGAGGCUAUUUUAACAUGUAUAUUGCUUUAUAUUAACAAAGAGAGUAAAAAGUGCAAAGACAAUGUCCAAGAUUGUGUUUAUAAGUAAUUUCACAUGUGACCCUGACAAACUGCAGAAAAUCUGUAUGAAAGAAAAAUGUGUUAAAUAGUAACUCAGCUCAACAUGGUAUCAAAUGUUUGUGCUAAUUACUGCUGAUACAGUCAGCUGAAUGCUUGAAGUAUACAUGUUUCAGAUAUUAAACCUGAAGUGCACUUAAAAGCUGCCUAUGA